AUGGGAAAUGCAGCUGGAGGUUAUAGAGUUGUCGGAGAGGACUUUUGCUUCGCCAGAGGUGGCAGCUAUAAGAGUUCUCUAGUUCCUAUCACCGUAGAAGUUGGAGACGUUGUGGUUGAUUACAGCUCCCUGGAUGCCAGCAUCGCUCUCAAUGGGACUAACUAUGAUGAUUGGAAAGAGUCCCUGAAUAUGUAUCUUACCAUUUCUGAAAAAGAUUUAGCUCUAAGAGAACCCAAGCCUGUGGAUCUCUCUUUUGAGUCCACAAUCACCAAAUACACAAUUGAAAAGGGAAUUAGGGACAGCAUUCCUGAAAAGGAUACUACAGUGGAAUACUUGAAAGCUGUUGGUAACAAAUACAAGAAACUUGACAAGACUCAAAAGAACUAUUAUUUGUCAGUUCUUAAAAAUACUCGAUAUGACAGAGUUUCUAAUGUCAAGGAGCAUAUUCUAAAGCUUUAUGCAUUCUUUAGGACUUCAUACAACUCACAAGAAGCUAAAUUUUCUGUCUACCAGAUGAUAUCAAUAGUCACUCAAGAAGAGGAAGCUAUAAAGAAGAAUUCCUCUCACUCAGUAAACUAUGUUUCUCAUAGCUCUAGCAGCAAAUCUAGAGGGUUGUAUAAGGAAAAGGGGAAGAAGCAUGAGUCACUUGAACUUCCUAAUCUCCAUAUUAAUGCUGCCAUUGGGCAUAAAUGUCAAAGGCCUAAUGAUAAUUCCUUUAUGUUAUGGCAUCGUCAUUUAGGUCAUAUCUCUAGAGAGAAAUUGGAGCACGUGGCCAAGCAAGGUUCCUUACAAGACCUUGAUUUCUCAGAUUUUGAGACUUGUGUUGACUAUAUAAAGGCAAAAUUCCCUGCUAGAGCUAGAAUCAAAGGGGCAAAGAGAUCUGAAAAUAGCUUAGACCUAAUCCAUACUAAUAUCUGUGGACCUAUUACACCUCUAGCUAUAGGUAGUUUUAGAUAUUUUAUCACCUUCAUAGAUGAUUACUCUCAUCAUGGAUGGAUUGAAUUCUUACGUGAAAAGGGCAAGUCUUUUAAUGCAUUCAAGACCCUUAAGGCAAUAGUCAAAUUGAAAUCUAGGAAGUUGAUCAAAUAUGUGAGAUUUGAUAGAGGAGGAGAAUUUUAUAGGAGAUGUACUGAGACUGGCAGGAACCCUGGGCCAUUCGCUUUGUACCUUCAAGAGCAUGGCAUUGAAGCUCAGUAUACUAUGCCUAGCACCCCGCAAUAG